UUGGACGCGGUGUUUAGUUUACGCGGGAGUGUUGAUGUUUGUGUUAUGACAGUGCUAUUGAGGCCUUGACUCUGGACACCUGGAAGAUAAAUGUAUACAGUGCUAUAAUGGUCACCACAGCAAGAGCAAGCGGCGCGAAAUGCAACAUGGAAGCUCUGGGUCAAAUAUUCUUGGACUGUCAGCAUUCAGUUACUUCACAGCCCAAGCUUAUUAAGAAAAUUAUCACCUUAUACUUAAAGAGUGACUUCAAGCAAUUUGUUGAGGAGUUUACCAGACUGCUGAAGUGUGCUUUGGUAUAUGGAGACAAGCAGCCUGCCAUAGAGAGAACCCUCAGCUUUGUUGUCAAGUUUGCCACAGCAGAGAAGACUGAACAAAAUGCAGGGAAAGAGAAAGACAGUGGAGAUGAGGAUGAAGAAGAGGCUGAUCCUUUGGAAAACCUUAUUGUAUUUCUUUUAAAGAAUCAUGAAGCAAACAGUGCUGCGGUGCGGCUAAGAAUAUGCCAGCUACUGAGCAUGUUGCUGAGACAGAUGGGAGCCAAGGCAGUCAUAGACAAUGACUUGUAUGAUCUCAUUUAUGACGCAAUGCUCCAUCGGCUCCAAGACAAAAUUCCAGGAGUUCGUAAGGAGGCUGUCUUGGCCCUCACUCGACUCCAGGACCCUUACAGCCGAGAUUGUCCUGUUAUAGAAGCUUACUGCUUUCAUCUGUGUAAGGAUCCCAAUUAUGAUGUUCGUCGUGCAGUGCUGAAUAAUAUUGCCAUCACUUACCAAACCCUGCCUGCCAUUCUGGACCGCACCAGAGAUGUCAGGGAGUUGGUGCGCUGCCAGGCAUAUAUAAUGAUCUCCCAGAAGAUCCACUUGAAGUCCUUGACCAUUGCCCAGCGUGUGAGGCUCCUCUCUGAGGGUCUGAAGGAUCGUCAUGAAAUGGUGCGGAAUGCUGUGAAGAAAAAGUUGAUUCCUUCAUGGCUGCGCUUAUUGGAUGGCAAUGUCCUGGAUCUUCUCACCUGCCUUGAUGUUGAGGCAUCAGUCAAGGAGGCAGAGCUUGUCCUCAAGACUAUAUUUGAGCUUAUACCUUUCCCUGACCUUCUUAAAAACAUUGGAUUGACAAAGCAGCAGCGACUGAUCAGCCCCAGUGAACUGCAGCCAGAGUCUGCCCUCCUCUGGAGAUGUCUUGCUCAGCACCUGAGGGAUGAAGGUGCUGAAGAGGCACUAGAGGAGAUUCUUCCUGACCUCACUCAGUUCUGCUCUUACUUAAGUGGUUUUGUACUGACGGAAGUUAUGGGUGGGGAAGACGAGCAGGAUGCAGCCAUCCAGGUCAUGCAAAAGGAGUUCAUCACAAACCAGCUCAUAUCCAUCGUUCUUGUGUAUGACCUAUCAGAUGAGGCUGGACGCCGAUCCUUGGACCAAAUGGUACGAAAUCUGCUUGUAUCUGACAAGAUUGGAGAGUCUCUGGUCAAAGGCCUUGUGGAAAUCUUCAGCAAGCUUCACUCACUCAGCACCAGGAUUAACCAGCUUGCUGAGAUCAUUUCUGAGAUACGAGAGCCACUCUGCAAGACUGUUGAGGUGCCAAUGACCGAGGAGGAAGAAAGAAAGAAAAAACUAAAGGUUGCAAGCUUGAAAGUGAAGAUAAAUCAAGUACGGGAGGAACUUCAGAAGAGUAUUUUGGAUCUAGAUUUGGAGAAGGCUCAGUUACAAAAAGAUGAAUUGCUAGAACUUGAGGCCCAGUUGUCCCAGCCUUGUCAACCAGAACCAUCUACUGAAGAGAUCACUCAAGAGCCCCGUAAUGACUCAGCCACUCUCAUCAAGUGUCUGACCAUCUUCUGUAACAUAGUAGAAUGUUCACAAGUGGAGGAGCUAACUCCAGCCCUGCAGACUUUGCAUGAUGGUCUGAUUUUGGGAUGUCUACGUUCUGAAGACCCAGCUGUGAGGAACUCUGGAGUGCAGGCGCUUGGACUUUUAUGUCUUCUUUCCAAAGACUUAGCAAAGCAACACAUCACUCUUCUUAUGCAGGUGUCAAAGAUUGAUGUUGAAAAGAUCCAACUUACUGCUUUGCACUGUAUUGUUGAUUGUCUUCACUUGUAUGGCAUUGAGGAGUUUGCUGAAGUUGCUGAAGAUUUUCCUCAAACUCCCUUGGUAGAGGCUCCUGAAAAAGAUGUUAAAGAAGAAUGUGUGGAAGAUGGGGGUGCCAUUAUUGCGGCUUUGUGUGAUAGGCUGGAUGCUGAGAGCCUUGAAAUAAGGACAUUAGUGGUGGAAGGACUGUGCAAGUUGUUGUUGUCAUCUCGCAUUACAUCAUCUAAGUUGUUGUCCCGUCUUAUCUUGACAUUCUACAACCCAGCAACAGGAGAUGACAGCUUUGUGCGCCACAUUCUGGGGGUGUUCUUCCCUCUGUAUGCUUCUGAAGAUGGAAGCAAUCAGGAGAGUCUCUGUGAAGCUGUGAUGCCCACCUUGCAGACACUACUGCAUGCUCCAACGCACUCUCCAUUAGCCAGUGUAGAUAUAGAGAAUGUGACCAGCUUUUUGAUAUCCAUCACUAGCCCAACCAUUCUUUCUGAGGAAUGUCAAGAGAAAGUAAAUGUCCAUGACACAUUGGUGUUCACUCUGUGCUCUGAGGUGCUGACCAAUCCAGCAGGAUAUCUGGCCAAGGUGUUCAUCCGUUGCCUCAGCAAUCUCAACCUGACACCAACAAACUUUUCCACUCUACGCCAGCUUGAUGUGCUUGUCACUAAAGUUAUUAAGGUAGUUGAAGGAAAAAGUGCCCAGAAUUCCAUAAAGCGUUUGCAGCAAAAGAUUGAAGACUUCCUAUCCAACGCUCCUGAUGGUGAAGCAUCAAAGGAAAAUACAGCUGAUGAAGGUGAAGCAAGUGCAGAAGAAACCAAAGAUGGAGAACCGACUACAGAUAGAACCGACACCACCACAAUAAGAAGAAAGAGAAUGUUGUAUGACCAGACUGUAACUGAUCCUGCCUUGUUCUCUUGUGAGGGUGAUUCUGAGACAGAAGGAAGAAGCCCCAGCAAGAGAAUAGCACACAGCCCCUCCAUUGACAACUUGGAUAAUGAUUCAGUAACUUUUGGUUCUUCAGUGAUUACCAGUACUCAGAUCAAGAUUGUUGAACCAGAAACACAAGUGGAAUCAAGUGGAAGUGUGACUGCUGCCUCAUCUGAAAUUGACACUGAACUAGAACUGAGCCAAGCAGAGGAGGCAUGCUCAGAAGGGCAAGUGAAAUCAUCUCAGCAGGAAUAUACUGUAGCUGCAAGUACAGAGGUACUCAGCUCUGGAGAUGACAGGUCACAUCUUCAAAAUAGAAUAGCGAAGAGUGCUUCUUUGUCAAGUGAAGAAAUAGUGGAGUCAAGCAGUGAGGAAGAACCAACUCCUGCUAAAGUCCCUCAUCUCACCAGAUCAUCUCAUGGGUCAAGAAGAAGUAGUAGAAAAAUAGUAGUGGAGGAAAGUGCAUCAGACUCUGGUGAGUUUAAUGAAGCUGCUAAGGGUCGACGAAAGAUCAAGUCACUUCCAGUGAGUCCCUAUUAUGUUAGCAGCAGUAAUAAUAGUAGUGACUCUAGGCCUCAGGAUGCAGAAAAGCCUGUUGAUACUAGAUCAAAUUCUAACAGGAAAAGAAGAAAGAAUGCACCAAGUGAAUUAUUAAAAUCUAGUUUUCCAUCUGUAAUGACAUCAGAUGGGAGCAUCUCUGAUUCCAGUGCAAGAAGAACCACACGCAGUAAAUCAAAAGGGACUCCUGGUAGCAGUAGUACUACCAGCAGUCCAGCUUCUAGCAGCAGUGUGUUUUCUGCUACUCAGAGUCUGAACACAUCUGGAGAGGAAUCUGCAUCUUCAAUGGUCAUGCGUACAAGGCAUUCCAAAAAAUCUGACACUCCACGAACUAUUAGUAAAUUGCAGAAAUCUAAUUUAAAAGAACAGGAAACAUUAUCUUCUCGUAGAUCUUCAAGGAAUAGGAAGAGUAAGUAAGGCAUUAUAUUGCAAUGCAUUACUUUACCUUUCACUACAUUACACACAUGCACAUACUGUGUGUGUGUGUGUGUGUGUGUGUGUGUGUGUGUGUGUGUGUGUGUGUGUGUGUGUGUGUGUGUGU